CCGAUCACGCUUGUUCCGGAAACUGUUCAGGCGCUUUUCAGGAGCAUUUAUUUCAGUGUGGCCUGAUGUUAUAAGAGUUGCAGAUGCGGCUUGGUUGGUUAUCUAGCCCUAUUUCAAGCCAGCGCUUUGGUUCUCGGAGGGGAUAAGGAGCCAAUUUUGCCCAAGUCUCUGGCCACUAACAGCGCUGGAGGCGGCUUAGCCAGCGCUUGCGGCCCAGGCAGCAAACCAUGUACACGGCCUGCGCAAGCUGCGGCUGCGGCAAGACUCGCAGAAUGAGGAUCUGUUCUUCUUUGAGCCCAUGGACACCGCAAACACUGCCGCCAACGCCGCUGGCAGUGUUGCCACGCUUACUUCUGGCGUGAGCAGCAGCUUCUUCCUGGACCCCGAGGGCAGGCAGACGUUUGAGCUGCAGGAGUGGCUGCGCCUCGUGAAGGACUUCCACCAUGAGGGCAAACCCAUCCCGCCGCUGCUCAUCAACGGCCUCGUCAAGACUGGCAAGUCCUUCACGCUCAACGAGGUCCUGCCCGCUGUGGCCAGGACCUACUACGGCAGCAGCAGCGGCGGCAGUAGUGGCAGCAGUGGCAGUAGUGGCAGCGGCAAUGGCGGCGGCGGCGACAACGGCGGCAGCGGCAGCAGCAACAGCGGUGGCCAGCAACAGCACUACGCCGCCGCCGCCGCCGCCAUGCUUCCAGAGCCCAACUUCCUGCACGUGAACUGCAUGGGCUGCGAGCGAGUAAGCGGCACCGGCGGCUUUCUGGCGGACUUCCUCCGUCUUCUCACGAGGAGUGCCGCGGUCCAGCAGCUCUCUGAUGCCGCCAGCACACCCGUGCCCAGCAGCGGUGUCACGGGCGUCUUGGUGGCCUCCAUCCAGGACUUCAUGUGGCGCCUGCCGCGGGACCGUCUGAACUUCCUGCUCAUCGACGAAGCGCAGAGCUUUUACCUGCUGGUGCAGCAGCCCGACGCCGCGUCAGCGGCGGGCACACGUGCGCAGCAGCAGCGCGGCGGCCCAGUCCUGGCGGACCAUAUGGCGGUGGAGUCCAUGCGACGGGUCCUCAAGCAGCUGCAGCUGGACAGCCCCCCCUGGGUGGCCUGGGCCGUCACGGGCAGCGCCAUGGCGACACUGUGGGCCAACAUGGCUGCCACCCCGACCAACGGCUUUCCCCUGAACAUGCACCACUACCGCCUCGACCUGCGCCCCACGGUGUCCACGGACGUGCUGCGGGUCGCUUGGCACCAGCUCAAGCGUCAGGCCGCGGCCUGGAGCCCGCCGCCGCCCGACGACCUGGUCUGGCGGUCGCCGCCGCACCACGCCACGCUUGCAUUCCUGUGCCAGGAGUGGAGGGUGCACAGCCGCACGGCUAGCUCGGCCGAGCUGCUGGUCCAGCAGACCAUGACUCAGAAGCUCCUUCCCGAGGUGCUGGCGGACCUCCGCGCAGUGCUGGCGGAGGUGGGGCAGCCUGAUUUGCAGCUGCUGCUCCUGCGCAGGCUGCUGGACCCGCUGGCUGGCGUGGAGCAGCCCGGCAGCUACGGCAGCCUCCAUCCCGCGUUCGUGGCGCUUCUGGCCAGCUACACCACCACGCACGGCGGUGGCAGCAGGCUGUUCCUGGACAGCCCGCCCUUCGCGGAGGUGCUGCAGGCGAUCACCAAGGCGUCAGGGGCGCUGGUAGACUCGCCCGCCGCCAUCCAGUGGCCCAGCAGCUGCAGGUUGCGGUUUUGGCGGGAGAUGAUUACACUCUGCAAGACCUGCGAGGAUUCCGAUGAUCUCGACAGCUGCAUGGACCUGCACGCGCUGCUGGGGGACAUGGCAGCUGCGCUGCAGCUUCCGCCGGACGACCUGCUCAAGGCGAAGUGGUUCGUCGACGUCCGGGACCACGACUACAACGGCCACAGGUACGACUUCGUGAAGAAGUACGAGGCACAAGCUCAGCAGGACGCCAAGGUCGGGCUCCGCUGCUUCCACGCGCUGCUGCGCCCAGUGCUCGACUACAGAUCCAGCUGGGAUGAGCAGCUGCGGCUCAAGCAUGCCUACCCGUCCGAGCUGCACGAGUUCCUGAGCAGUGGUCGCGUCAGCGAGGUGCUGACCAAGACCUACAACCGCCCGCUGCCCAACCGCAGCGGCAAGCUGAACGCGCCGCGGGCGCAGGUGCAGCAGGUGCAGCAGGUGCAGCCCCAUGCGAGGCCGCCGUCGCGCCCUGUUUCGCUGUGCUGGGGCAAGCAACCGCUGCGGCGUGCCGUGCGUUACAUGGGACGGAUGUGAGCUGGCUAGCGUUCCGUGCCACCUGUCGAGCUGUCUGAACACUGGCCCAGCAGCAGACGGGACAGACCAGGCCUACAUGUGUGUUGUGGCCGCGUUGGUCAGUACCGGAUGUGCUUGUGGGCAGGGUGCGAACCGUGGAAUGAAUGCCAUGUCGGCAUCACACGAAUGCCCCUGCGAGGCUGCUAGAGGUGUUGCAAGCGGGGCGUGCAUGCUGGGCUAGCGGGGGCUGCAAGCACGCAUUAAUGAUUGUGGCGGGUGCACACAUCGCAACAUGUUUGCUUCCUGUGUAAAUAAGACACAUG